AUGUCCGCCGAGGACAGAGCGACCGCAUUGAAACUCGCCAAUGAAGCGGAUCCUGGUCCACCCAUCAGCUCUUGGGCUCAUAUUCAAUUCCUCCUCACUUGUUUUAUCGUCAUUGUCAACUCGUGCGAUACGGGCUUUGACACCACCAUCAUGUCGUCCGUCAACUCCAUGAAGCAGUUUCAGAACUUCUUCGGGUUGACCUCUGGGAGUCCAUCUACUGGUAUCGUUUUCGGAAUCUACACCGUCGGAGGAGUCACCGCCUUCUUCCCCAACAUCAUUCUGCCUGAUCUCAUCGGACGACGAUACUCUAUGCUUUGGGGCAACACCUUAUUGAUCAUCGGCGCCUGUAUCUCCGCCAAUUCUCGCAGCAUGUCCAUGCUGCUCGGUGGAAGAUGGUUGACAGGGUUCGGAUGUUCAACAGCAGCAUUAUCCGCCAAGACAUACAUGUCUGAGAUCACUUCGCCAAGAUCAAGAGGAAGAUACAUGGGAGUCUUGAACUCGUUCUACUAUGUCGGUCAAAUCAUUGCUACCGGCGUUGCUAUCCCUCUCGGUCGAGUCGCAAGUGAAUACUCCUGGCGAACUUGCUUGUAUCUUCAAUGCGGACCAGCCAUCAUCAAUGCCCUCUUUGUCCUCUUUAUCGCUGAAUCUCCUCGAUGGCUCUACGCUCGCGGAAGGAAAGAAGAAGCCGUCGCCAUCUUGGCAAAGUAUCAUUCGAGAGAUAACGACCCCACUUCACCCCUGAUCCGACUUCAAGUCCAGGAGAUUGAGGAAAACAUCUCGGUGAACGGUGCCGACCGACGAUUCUGGGACUUUAGAAUGCUUUUCAACUCUCGUUCUAACAGGUACCGCUUCGGACUCUGUGUGAUCAUUUCCUGCUGGGGACAGUUGGCUGGAAAUGGAAUGAUUACGUACUUCCUCCCCGUCCUUCUUGAACUCGCUGGAAUCGUCGACCGUGAUCGACAGCGUCAGCUCAAUCUUGUCAACAGUUGCACUUCCAUGAUUGGCGCUCUGUCUGGUUCAGCCAUUGUCGAUCAUGUCGGUCGACGAAAGUUACUCCUCUUCGGAAUCUCCGCUGCGGCAUGUGGCAUGUUAAUCGUUGGAUGCUUGCUCAGUCCAGCCGGUGAACAGUCACAAACCCGAGCUAACGCUGGAAUCAGCUUCAUCUUCCUCUUCAUGGUGGUCUUCUCCUUUGGGAUGACACCCCUUCAAGGACUCUACCCCGCAGAAGUCUUGACAUUCGAGAACCGAGCCAAGGGUCUAUCCCUCCAAGGAUGGGUCACCAAUGCCGUCUCGACCAUCAACACUUUUGGUCUUCCCCCUGCACUCGGUAAAGUUGGAUACAUCAUGUAUCUCAUCUUUUUCGCUUGGGAUAUUGUCGGAGUCAUCACCGUCUGGCUGUUCGCGGUCGAAACGAAGCAAUUGACCUUGGAGGAGAUGGAAGACAUCUUCACGGCUCCUUAUCCCAAGAAACGAUCGUUCGAAGUUGCCAAAGCAGCCCGAGAAAGAGUCAAGAGGGACAAAGAGAGACGAUCGGGAGUAGUUGCGUGA